AGCUGUCACAAAAGUUGGAAGCUGCAAAAUGUGUAUUUGAAAACCAAGCGCGUAAUUUCAGAAGUUGUUUCUAACAACAUAGCCUUCUAUAAACAGUAUGAUAUACAUUGAACAUGCAUGCAUGGUGAAGUUGACUGCAAAACUUCCGUAUUUACUCUAACAUGUUACAGUUAUUUCUCAUCUCGAAACUUGCAUCCCUGGUAAAGUGCUUAUAGGUCAAAGUGCUAGGCCUAGGCCUGCACUUUGGUAAUACACAUAAAGAGGAAGUGAAAAUGGCGAAAUGGCCUUGUGGUUGCGCUUGUAGAAAUGGGCCGCUUAAAAUUACUGUUUGGGACCUCGGGCACAAUAUCGUGUGAUGGGAUCGGUGAAAGCUAAACCCAAUCAACCAUGGUCGGCAUAAACUCUGACCCAAAUAAUAUAGAUUCCAUCAACAAUAGAGCCGUAUAGAACGAAGGAAAUUGGUUUCGACAACCCCGUAUCUACUUUCACCAAUGCGCGUGCACUGUGGACCUCGCUGCCAGCUGACAAUGUCACGUUCAUAAUCAGUUUUCGCCAGUGAAAGGGUUAUUUUUGGUUGUGUAAUUUCUCCGGGACAAAGGAGUCUGCGGAGCGAAGCGCCGCUUAAAGUAGGCGGGGCAUGGUUACUCAUCAACCCGCGUAAAACGUCAGCUGCGCGCGCUCUCGCUGGUUGUGACUGGAAGUACACGUACGUCGGCAGUAGUAGGGCAUGUUUUAAUAUACACUUUGCCAUUACUCAGAUCCUAUUCAGCCAUGACCUAGUGUGUACUACACUGACAGUGAACGUGCAUGGUGAUGAUGACGUAUCCCCAGCGUUUAUUUAUCAAGGGGCGUUCAGCGAAUACGGGAGGACAUUUUUUAAGCCGUCUAGUUCCCCGCGGCUGACUCGCUCCGUGGCAGAGGUCAGACGAGGAUUCAUCUCGCGUUGAUGGACUACCUCUUAGCUGAUGCAUUCCGCCUGCUCUCCACGAUCCGAGCAUUAUUCAUCUCGCAGAAAUGAUGCCGUCGGUUGCUGCUUAGGAGAUAUCUACGCCUUGCAGAUAAGCAGCACUGUACAGUAGAUAGUCACUAUCGCAUACAGUAUUAUAAUUGAACUGUACGUUAUAGCUUUCGUAUAUAAAGCACACGUGAUGAAUGAAUACUGUUAAGUGCAAGCAACUCUACAUGUUGUAAUGAACAACAUUUCUGCACGGAUGUAAUACAUAUAACAGCUGUUAUAUACCCUCCUGUGUCGAUAUUCCAUCAACAAAAGCAACUUACAAAAUACGGCCAACAUGGCUAGCGCUGACGAACCAGUGGACAAUGGAGAACCCCAGGUGGUCUACAAGGGACCCGGCUAUGCCCGCAUCCCGCAGGACGGAGAGGUAAAGGUCGAAACGGCUGGAAAGAAGACUAAGAAGCGAGGCAAAGCUGAUACGCUCAAGGUUCUGCUUCCUAUCAGGCCCAAAGGAAAUAAGGAUCGCAGUGACAUGGACACCUCGGGCCUGAUCAGCACCAUGCUGUUUUCUUUCUUCACAUCGAUUUACUGGAAGGCCCAUCGUAAGGGGAUCAACCAGGACACCUUGAUGCCUCUCAUGUCUGAUCGGGAGGCCGCUGCAGUCAACUGUGACAGACUUGAGCGGUUAUGGCAGGAGGAGAUUAGCAAGCAUGGCGUGGAGGAGGCGUCUUACAAGAAGGCCGUCCUCAGGUUCAUCCGGACUCGCUUCAUCAUGUCUUCUUUGGCCAUCGUGGUGUCAUCAACCUGCGGCUUCCUGCUGACAGCGUACCUUCUAUUCCAAGCUAUCACCUAUCUGGAGAGCCCAGACGUAUCCGUGGGUUACUGCCUCAUUCUGUCCUUCAGCAUCUUCGUCUCGACCGUGGUGCGCGUCUUGGGUGGGAACUUCUCCAACUACUUGAACGCGCGGAGUGCAGUGCGCCUGCGCAGUGCUGUCAUGAUGCAGGUGUACCGGAAGGUCACGCGCCUGCGCUCUACGUCCACGGUGUCUGUGGGAGAGAUGGUAAACAUCUGUGUGAACGACAUCCAGCGGAUGCACGAUGCUAUCAUCUACGGACCGCUGCUCUUCUCUUUCCCGAUCUUCAUUCUCUUCAUCGUCGCUGGUGUUGUCAUCGUGAUUGGCUUUGUCCCAACCAUUGUCGGAUCAGCCACCCUGAUUAUGUUCUUCUGUAUACAGACGUGCCUUGCUAAGAUCAACGUGAAACUUCGCCAGAAGUGCGUGGUAUUCACAGACAGACGGACACGCCUGAUGAACGAGGUCUUGAACUGCAUCAAGCUGAUCAAGAUGUACUCCUGGGAGGAAUCCUUCGCCAAGAAUCUUGCGAAUAUCCGAGCUCACGAAAGGAAGUAUCUAACGCGAGCAGGGAUCCUGCAGAGUUUCACCAUGGGACUUUCUGUGACCGUCGGCCCAGCGAUCGUGCUCACGUCUGUAAUCACGUACAGUCUCAUGGGUAACGUGGUUACGGCUGCUCGGGCGUUUACUUUACUCCAGCUGUUUGGUAGUUUGACCGGCACACUCUACGUAUUACCCAUUGCUCUGAAGCCUAUUUCUGAGUCCAUUGUGGCCUUAAAUCGAAUCAAGCCAAUUUUGCUGAUGGACGAGACGAGCCACGAGUUGGACCCGCCCUCCGAUCCAGGAAACGCUGUGGAAGUUGUUGACGCCUCCUUCAGCUGGGACGCCCCGCCCACCGAGGAGAACGGAGGGAAGAGCAAGGGGCAGAGUACCAAAUACAAGCUGGUGAAUGGAGACGGAGAUGAGGAGAAGAAAGACCAAGAAAAGGGAGUCAAGGAGGAACAGGAGAAGGAUGCGGCUGCCUCUGAUGGGUUGCUUGGCAACGAAGGCGAGACACAAGGGCCGACAGUCACUCUCAAAAACAUCAACUUAGUCGUCCCAAGAUCUCAUUUGGUGGGCAUCUGCGGGUCUGUCGGCAGCGGGAAGAGCUCUCUUCUGAACACAUUGCUGGACCAACUGAACCUUCUCGAUGGAAGAAUUGCUGCCAAAGGCUCCUUUGCCUAUGCAGCACAACAGGCUUGGAUUACUAAUGCUUCUGUGCGAGACAACAUCCUCUUUGGGGAACCGUACGACGAGCAGAGAUACAAGCAAGCCAUCUUCUCUUGCUGCUUGGAGAGAGACCUGGAGAUCAUGUCUGACGGGGAUAGAACAGAGAUUGGUGAACGAGGAGUGAAUGUGAGCGGUGGUCAGAAGCAGCGCAUCAGUCUGGCCCGGGCUUACUACUCAGACAGGGACAUCUAUCUCCUUGAUGACCCGCUCAGUGCCGUGGAUGCACACGUCGGCAAGCACAUCUUCACUCACUGUAUCCAUGGCGUGCUGAGAGGAAAGACGGUGCUCUUUGUAACCCAUCAACUUCAGUAUCUCCGUGACUGUGACUACGUGGUGCUGAUGCGAGACGGUGCAAUCUCCGAGCAAGGAACCCACGACCACCUGAUCGCAGCUAACGGCGAAUACGCUCGGCUGAUCGACACUUUCCACGGCAAGGCGGAAGACGAGGACGACGAUGUCAAUGAUGCCAUCCCGGAGAUUAAACACGACGACGAGAACAUGAACAAGGAAGAAUCCUCUCAGGAUAAGAUCAGUGAGCAAAAGAAAGGUGAAGAGGAGGAGACGGAGGAAGAAGAGGCUACUGAAGUGGUGAAACUCAUCGGUGACGAGGACCAGGGUCACGGGACCGUUGCUUACGCCACCUACAAGAGCUUCGUGUGGUACACCGGCAGCCGGUUCUGGGCGUUUUUUGUGCCUCUGCUGAUGUUUUUGACAAUGAUGUCAUCCGUUUUCACAAACAUCUGGCUUUCUAUUUGGAUACAGUCCUCUACUAUCUGGAGAAAUCAGACACAGGUACCCACCUCCAUCCCUGUCGCAUCAACCUCCUCCCCCUGGCUCCCAACCUCAGCCCCAUUUAUGAAUAAUUCAUCAGAUGACAUCAUCAUCAACAGCACCGAUGCUGCCGACGAGUACGAUGACGACUAUGCCUUCUCCACGCCCUCUGGCGACCAAUCGCCAACCGGCGCGGGGGGCAUGAGCAUCGCUUUCUUCAUGGCGAUCUACGCCGGCUUUUUCUUCUUCACUUACAUCUGUCUAAUCGUUUCCAGCUUUGUUUUUAUAAUCACGGUGCUCCGGGCGACCACACGCAUCCAUGACGGCCUCCUCCGUAAGAUCAUGCGAUGUCCCAUGUCGUUCUUUGACACCACGCCGCUCGGCCGCAUUCUCAACAGGUUCUCCAAAGACAUGGACGAAGUUGACUUACUGAUGCCGAUGAACCUCCAGCGGUGCCUCUUCUUCCUGAGCUGUGUCCUCAUCAUCCAGAUCUUCUUCGUCUUCGUCUUUCCUCUUUACCUCGUCGUCCUCGUCAUCGUCGCGGCCAUCGCCAUCUUCUUGUACAUGAUGUUCCGGAAGGGAUACUGCGAGAUCAAGAGGAUGGACAACACCACGAGGUCAAAGGUCGUGUCCCACAUCUCGGCAACCAUGCAAGGUCUUACCACCAUCAAGGCUUACGGGCAAGGGAAAAGGUUUACCACAAAGUUCGAGGAGCUACUUGACACCAAUUCUCUAAUCAUGGAACUGUUCUUCAUGGCUCCACGAUGGACGGCUGCUCGUAUGGACCUACUGUCCUCCUGUCUGCUCCUCAUCCUGUGCGCACUCAUCCUCGUCUACAAGGCGAACUUGUUCUCGGCCGCCAUCGCUGCCAUGGCCCUCCAGCAGGCAAUCUCGAUAUCUGGAGGCUUGCUUCAGGAGGUGAUAUUGUCUUGUACUCAGACGGAGAGUUCCUUCUUAUCGGUGGAGAGGAUGCUUGAGUACAUCGAGCAAUCGCCGUCCGAGGCAGAACCCCACAUCAAGGAGACCGCGCCACCAGACGAGUGGCCGCAAGAUGGCGACCUGAAACUCCAGAAAUUGGAGAUGAAAUACCGACCCAACCUGCCUCUCGUCUUGAAAGGAAUCACGUGUCACAUCCGUCCCAAGGAGAAGAUUGGCAUUGUUGGCAGGACGGGAUCAGGAAAGUCUACGCUUGGUGUGUCCCUCUUUAGAAUUGUGGAGAACGUCUCGGGGAAGAUAAUCCUUGACGAUGUGGAUGUAUCCACCAUUGGACUGCACGAUCUACGCUCCAAGCUAUCCAUCAUACCACAGGACCCGGUUCUCUUUGCUGGUACUGUCAGAUUCAACCUUGACCCACUCGCCAACCACACGGAUGAUGAAUUGUGGUCCGCACUGGAGAAAACAUACGUCAAACAAACGAUAAGUGCUCUUGAUAACCAGCUUGAGGCACCGGUCAUUGAGAACGGUGAGAACUUCUCCGUAGGCGAGAGGCAGCUCAUGUGUAUGGCCAGAGCGCUACUGAGAAAUAGCAAGGUGUUGCUAAUGGACGAGGCAACGGCGGCCAUAGAUACGGAGACUGAUAGCCUGAUACAACAGACGAUACGCGAAGCCUUCAAAGAUUGCACCAUGCUCAUCAUAGCGCACAGACUCAACACCAUUUUGGAUUGCGACAAAAUCAUGCUCAUGGACAGCGGCGAGAUUGCCGAGUUCGAUAAGCCUGAGGUGUUGCAGGCCGACCCCAAUUCCCUCUUCAGCGGCAUGCUCACUGCUGCACAGCAUAACAAGGGUAGUCUGGAUGAUGAGUGAGAGUAUAUCGACUGUAAUCAGGCAACUACCGCCACGCUCACGCGCAUGCCGCAGGCGUUCUUAACCUAGACGCGCGCGCGUAUAAUUUGAGAUCCUAUUGGUCAAAGCAAAUGAGUGAGCGCGUACCACCUGCGCGUGUACCGUACCACCUGCUGCGAGCGUGGUGCUACUUAGCUCUUCUACUUUCGGUCAUUGGCUUUGGCAAGAAGAGCAUUACUAACGGCCACAACUCCAACAGGUGGAUAAAAUUAUGUACGACACGGAUAUGUCUUUACACCCGUCUUUAAAGCCUUAUUACGCCUUGAUAGUAUAUACUGCAGACUUUUGUCGGUUGUCACAAGACCAAAAUGUUUCUUUUUUUAUAUUACAUUCUACUUCAUACUUUAUAUAGUAGACCUACUGUAAAAAGAACAAAUUAUACCGUUCCUCUAAUUGUCACAAUAAAACAAAUAUUAUUGACACAUUUUUUAAAGAUUGCAUUUCGCAGAGUGCGGAUAACUGAAAUACUAUUUGUUUUUUUAAAUAUGGCAAUCCCGUGUCAUGAAAAUUUGUUGCAUAUUUUGCUCGACAUUGACACAUACGAUGUAGGCCUUUGUGAAAUAUGUUUACAACUUAAGUCUAUUGAUAAUUAGAAUCUGUUAGUGAUGCCUUUCUCAAUACUGAUUUUUUUUUGGCCUAUUUGGUCUACAUUUUUGUAAAUUGGUUACUGGUAAGCUGUUAUUAAUUUGUUGUGGAAUGAUUUAUGCAAUUAAUUUUUUUAUCUUAUAUCAAUACUUAAAUGAAGUAAGGUCAACACAAAUGAUGUGACCAAAGAAUUGCUCUGCACACAAUCUCUGAAAUAAUGAUAUAUUUUUUUCGAGUUUAAUAUA